AUGCACAGCAGCAUAACCGGAGGAUUGCUUGAGCGUCAAAGGCAGCAGAACCAAACCUUCAUUUCCCAGAUCAAGGAGAACAGGGUCAAAUCGCUGCAAGUCAGUUCGGAAAAGGCCAUAGACAGUGCCCAUAAGGGGGGCCUGACUAGUUUGGAGCUAGACUCUAUCGACCACCGGUAUCUCCUUGGUGCUGCAGCAGAUGCAUCCAUUGCUGGAUAUGACGUCCAGAUGAUCAUGCAGGAAGGCACACCCCAGGUUGUGGGACGGCAGUCACACCGAGUCUUCACCGAGGGCUGUUCAGAGCACAGAGCCCUGUUCAAGGUGGACAGGACCAAUCCAGACUGCCACAAGUUUAGCGUUACAAGCGCUGUUUGGUACCCCGUUGAUACCGGCAUGUUUGUUACCGGGUCCUUUGACCAGGAAGUCAAGAUCUGGGACACAAAUGUGCUAGCAGUGGCAUGCAGCUUUGCGCUGCCAGUCCGUGUGUAUGCCCUCGGCAUGUCCCACGUGGCUGCAGCGCACUGCUUGGUGGCAGUGGGAGGUGGAGAGCCGCAGGUGAAGCUCUGUGACCCUGCAAGCGGCGCUUUCACACACAGCCUUGUGGGCCACAGGGAGGCGGUGUGGGCGCUGCACUGGUCUCUCUCCAGCGAGUGGCACCUCAUCACAGGGUCAUGUGAUGGCCAGGUCAGAUUGUGGGACAUCAGGACGUCCGGGUGUGUGCAUAACUUUGAUCAGCAUGACACACAUGUUGGACCCCGCUCAAGCGCCUCUAGGCCAGCGCAACAUCGCACAGCCCAUGAUGGUGCAGUGACAGCCGUGGUGCCCACUCCUGACGGAAUGCACUGCCUCACUGCUGGCACAGACUCGCGCUUGCGCCUGUGGGACCUUCAGCACAACAGCAAUACCCUUGUGAACUAUCCCAACACCUUCAACAGAGCCAAAAAGGGUCGCCAAAUUGCAGUGAGUGCUGAUGCGCACAUGGUAUUUCACCCGUCAGGAAGUGUCAUCCAGAAAUUUGAUAUCUUUGAGGGCAAUUUGCAUGCACUGCUGCGUGGGCACAUGGACACAGUCAAUGCUUGCUGUUACAACCCAACAAAUCAGGAACUCUACACUGGAUCAAACGAUUGCCAGAUAAUUGCCUGGGCAGCCCCAAGGCGCGCAAAUGAAGAAGUUGAGGGAGAGGAUGGUGACAAUGAGGACACAUGGAGCGAUUGA